UGUUAUCGACUUGUAGCUCGUUUUCAGGCCUGCAACCAAUAAGAGAGAGAGAGACAUAGAGACUUGUAGCUCGUGCUAUCGUAUGGUUUGUGCAUCUUUUGCACUCAUAGCGACGACGACGCAGGCGACGGGUCUCGCUGUUUUGCGUUUGUAACAUUGGACAGAUAAUGAAGUGCCACGAGGACAAGCAUGAUAUUUUCUUGUGACUUAUCGAGGCACACAUGAGAAAGGGAAGAAGGCCUAAUAAACAUCAUCGCCGUCGACAAUAAGACUCGUGACGGACAAUGUAUGAUACGCGGUAUCGACAACUGAUACGACGCAGAGACUUGAGAUACAUCAGGAGCAGCAGCACUCAAACAGUCUCCUGAGUUCAAAAGUUGCAUCUUAUUGCCAAAGAGAGACAUCAUUUGUUAACAAGGAUAUUGAAAGGAUAUUGAAAGAGGAUCAUUUGUUAACGAUGGAUCUUUAAGAAAGAUCCCCACGUCCACACUAUCUCGACUCCCAUGCACUUCUGGAUCAACAAGCCAGCGGGCAGGUACUACGGCUUCAGCAGCUGCCGAUAUCCUGCCACACCUGUGCCCAAGACAUACUUCAACCGAUGUGUGCACGGUGGCGAGCUCAGGAAUGUGGUGACUCCGGUGCCUCGACUCAUGGGCCUCGGUAAUGCAGUUGGAAACGCGGCUGGACCCAGUAAUGUCAGUUCCUGCCGCAACGUCGGCCGGCCGAGCACGCGAGUCCGCAACGAGAGUAAUCGGCACGGUUCGUCGUCGCUCAGGGCCGCCCGGCUCGCCCAGCUGAACAACAUCCCUAACAAUGUCACCGACACCAGCAACAAUCAAUUGAUAUUGUCCAACGCGACCGCGAGCGGCACCAACAGGAGUCUACUGGGUUUUUCCGAGUUCAGCGACGCGGAAUUGGCUGGCUAUCGGCUGCGUUGCGGCAUAUGGAUCACUUUUGUCGUAGCGUCAACUUUCGUAGCUGCCGCUAAAUUCUAUUUCGGUUAUCGAGGACCGGGACUGGAGAUACUAGUGUUCUGCGGGUUACUGCUGAUACUAUUGAUCGCGUGUCUGUAUUCGAUCUUCUGCCGCGUUCAGAAUCACGGUCGACCAGAGCACCGUAUGCAGGAGGACCAUAUCGCUGCCCUAACGAGCGCCUCCGACGUGUCCGUCGGCGAAAGCGUGAGGCCGACUGUGCCGACGACGGUGAGACAAAAUCCGCCGCCACCGACGACGGUGAGGCAAAACCCACCUCCGCCACCUUAUCAUAUCGCCAUCCUAAUACCGCCGCCUAAUACUACGGACGAGACACCGCCGCCGUCUUACGACAAGGUCAUGCGAUGAAAUCAGUGAAAGUUGAUGCAAAAUCGAGCCAACAACUUGCUCAGGCUCAUUUUCUCGUUUUUCAUAUUAUUUCUUGGCGACGUGAGCUAGAAAAACGCGAGGAAAUACAAGGUUUAACGAUGAAAUCGGUACACCACUGUGAAGUCGAGCCAAAUUGUCGAACGAGGAAAUAUCGUGGCACGCGACACAUCCAUUUUCUGCUCGCAUGAAAUAGUUGAACCGUACAAUUAACUCGCUCGCAAAAAACGGAAAAUCGAUUCGGGAAAGGUCGCGUGACAUGAACUUUCCCUGCACUUCCCUUGCGAUAUUUUCACGUCUGUUCAGGAGUGUAGUUGGCGAGUUAGCAAAGGGAAAUUCCAAGAGAGGUAGUAGUUGGGAGAAGAUGAUUUCGCGAUUUUCCAGUUCCAAAAUCCUAGCUGCACCUCUACGCCAAAACUAUAAUAGACAACCGCGUGUUACGCGCGAUUGUGAAAUUACAAUAUAUACAGGGUGAUUCGAAAUAGCGCGUAAAGUGUUAGCGGGUAAACCGCUUACUUAAACACAAAAGAAAAAAUAAUUCAAAGUUGAUGGUUUCCGAAUUAUAAUUUUUUUUUUUUUUAGAUUAAGCUCCAGAAAGUGCAAGCGACAUUAUCGAAUUAAUUUCGAUAAAUCGUUUUUUUUCUUCCGUGAUUUGUGUCCUCACCUUAGACUUAGGAUAAGGAAUCCGCGCGCUACCUGCAACUCCGAAUCACCUAAAAAACUUCCAAUACAAUUAUAAGACUUUACAAUCGACUACGAUCUGAUCCGCGCGAAUGAUAUGCCGUACCCUCUUGUUAUAAGUUAUAACAAGCGGAUACAAAUCCACAUAGAAUAGGUAAUUUUCACGUCUGUGAUAAGAACGCAAUGAUGUAACAUUGAUGACACAUACAUACACAGCGAGGAUUUGAAAGAAAAAAAUGAAAGAAAUUGGUGACAUUAUUUUCUAGUGACCAUUAAUAUAAAUCAAGAAUGGUUUGUAUUCGCCAACGAAUUUGCAUUUGAUGCGGACAAAACUGUAUUCUAAUUUUAUACACUGUAAUCAUAUACGAGAUUAUGUAAUAUAUUUGACUUAGGUUUAGCUCACAGCGCGUUGUAAACGAUUUGUUGAUCUACUCGUUUACGCUUUGGUUCUUCUGUGACUAGUUUUAGACUUUUUAGGAGAGAAGUUCGAAUUAAAGCCAAAGUACAGAUGCGCAGUUUCACGUCAACAGUUAACUAAAAAUACCAAGUAGAAGUGUCAGAAAUCUAUGUCUAAUUUAAAUACUCCAACUGUAUCAUUGAAAAGAAUUCAAGAUAAAUGAAGACGUUUGGUAUUUUUAAUCAGGCAGUUGAUAUGAAAGUAUACUUGCUUUCUGGCUUUGAUCAAUCUCGCUCUUCUAAAUUGUAAUUUCAUAUCAAAGUGCAUUUCUGAUUUUCCUUCAAGAUUCCUAUGAAGAUAUUCGCAUUUCAGAGAGAGCAUCGCUUGUUGAAUUGCAAAAUAUUUCCAGAAUAUCGUCGAAUCGUUCGUUACGUCCGUUCGAUAUUUUGGCUAUCUUUACUGCAGAAUUGCUACAGAAGUGUUCGAUUAAAUACGACACACGUGCGCGACGCACACGCACAGAUACACACACUUAUUCACAUGAUAUGAAAGAAAAGAAGCGCACAAAUUUAAGCGUGUGACUCGAGUCGAGAGGAAUAUGAAAAGUUCGCAAAACGCAUGCACGACUCGGUCACCACUUAUGACAAACUGAUAAUAAUGCGGAGUGUUCGAAAAUCGGCAUGUUUGACGCACGUAGUGCGUUAAUUUCUUCUCGAAAACCGAUUCGAUCUUUCUGAAACGAUGUCCCAUCUGCGGGACCAACAUUUUAUUACGAAUAAAAUGUGAUUUUAGUAACAAAUAAUAUCUAUAGUAUCUUAAAGAUGGAACACGAUCCUUCGAAUAUAAAAUCGAGUGAAUAUUUGCUGUCUGAUUCCGGUAACAAUCUGAGAUCCUUAAAAAUUAAGAGCAACUGUAUUCUGUUUACCUAAAUGCGCUCAUUACCGAACACCGCAUGCACGGUGUAGAAUAUCGCGUGCUUCACAAUAUACAGAGCACACGCGCGGAGUUUCACUAUACGACAUGUAACACAGAUGUUGGAGAAAGCUACGAAUUGUCGUAUAAAAUCAUAAUACGAUUUUGUAUUUCUCUUUUUCUCGGUGAAUGCGUAAAUGGAGAAAGAAAGAGAGAGUAUGGUGCGUAUAAAAUAAUUGCUUACAUCAUAACCCUGUAUAUUUAAGGAUAUCUAUAUAUAAUACACACUAAUGUAUGUGA